UCUCUCUCUUCACUUAAAAUCUCGCUACCCAAAACUUACUCCUGUUUCUCUGUUCUCCCCUCCCCCCUCCCUCUAACGCAAUGCUGUCUCCUACCGCCUCCACCGCGUGGUGGCGGCGGCGCGAGAGCGGUGGGGCCGUCGCCGGCCUCCGGUGCGCGCCGUUGCUCCUGGCCCUGAUGAUGCUCGCGGUCGGCGCGGCGGCGGAGACGUUGGCGUCGGACGCGGCGGCGAUGCGGGCUGUGGCAAAGGCGCUGGGCGCGGACGAGACGCUCGGCUGGGACGUCUCCGGCGACCCCUGCUCGCCGAAGCCGUGGUCCGGGGUGACCUGCGACUCGUCCGGCCGCGUCACCGCGAUCCAGGUCGGGAAGCGCGGCCUCACGGGGACCCUGGCGCCGGAGGUGGGCAACCUCACCGCGCUCACGCGCCUCGAGGUCUUCGACAACUCGCUCUCCGGCCCGCUGCCUUCGCUUGCGGGGCUAUCCACGCUCCAGGUCCUCCUGGCCCACAACAACAGCUUCACCUCCAUCCCCGCCGACUUCUUCAAGGGCCUCACCGGCCUCACCGCCGUCGACAUCGACCACAACCCGUUCGCGCCGUGGACGCUGCCGCCCGACCUCGCCGCCUGCACCUCCCUCACCAACUUCUCCGCCAACGGCGCCAACGUCUCCGGUACGCUCCCGGACUUCUUCAUCUCGGCGAUGCCGUCGCUUCAGCAGCUGCAUCUGGCCUACAACCUGCUGUCGGGGCCCGUACCGGCGUCUCUGGUCGGCGCACCGUUGCUGUCGCUCUGGCUCAACAACCAAGCCGGGGACAGCCCGUUCAAUGGGUCGAUUAGCUUUAUCACCAACAUGACGUCUCUGGAGGAGCUGUGGCUGCAAUCUAACGCCUUCACCGGGCCCUUGCCGGACUUUGCGGGGUUUGUUAAUCUUCGGGUUUUGGAGCUUCGCGACAACCAGCUCACCGGGCCGGUGCCAGACAGCCUUGUCAAGUUGAAGGCUUUGAAGAAGGUGACCCUGACAAAUAAUUUGCUGCAGGGGCCGAGGCCCCAGUUUGUUGGGGUGGAUGUCGACAUGCUGCAGGCUGGAGAGCGAUUCUGCUUGCCGGAUGCUGGAAAGCCAUGCGAUCCCCGUGUGAGCCUGCUGCUUGAGGUGGCUGGUGGGUUCAUGUACCCGGUGAAGCUUGCGGACAGUUGGAAUGGGAAUGAUCCGUGUAACAAUUUCCUUGGUGUUGAAUGUGACAUAAAUGGUAGAAUUAUACUGCUGAAUUUUAACAAGAUGGGGCUCAGCGGGAUCAUCUCACCAGCCAUUGGGAAGAUUGCCUCACUGAAGAGGCUGGUUCUUGCUAAUAACAACAUUACUGGAACAGUGCCAGAGGAAGUUGCCGCAUUGCCUGCACUGAGUGAGGUUGAUCUGUCAAAAAACAAUCUUUAUGGGAAAGUACCUACCUUUGCUGCCAAGAAUGUGCUGGUGAAAAUUGAUGGCAACCCAAACAUUGGCAAGAAUGCUCCUGCUUCAACAGCAGGAUCAGGUGGUACCAGCAGCAACAGUCCAUCUGGUGGAGGAGGCAGUGGAAGCAGUGGAAACAAUGGGGGAUCCUCUUCUGUUGGGGUCAUUGCAGGCUCAGUGGUUGGUGCAGUUGCUGGACUAAGCCUUGUUGCUGCAUUAGGAUUCUAUUGCUACAAGAGGAAGCAGAAGCCUUUUGGAAGGGUGCAGAGUCCACAUGCAAUGGUCAUCCAUCCCCGACACUCAGGUUCAGAUGACAUGGUUAAAAUCACAGUUGCAGGGGGGAAUACCAACGGCGGUGCUCGUGCAAAUGAGACGAGCCAAGCAAGCAGUGGUCCACGGGACAUUCAUGUUGUUGAAAGUGGAAAUAUGGUCAUUUCAAUCCAAGUUCUCCGCAAUGUGACCAACAACUUCAGUGAGGAGAACAUCCUUGGUCGAGGUGGGUUUGGCACUGUUUACAAGGGUGAGCUUCACGACGGCACAAAGAUUGCUGUGAAGCGGAUGGAGGCUGGUGUGAUGGGUAACAAGGGGCUAAAUGAGUUUAAAUCAGAGAUUGCUGUGCUGACCAAGGUCCGUCACCGGAACCUAGUGUCACUGCUUGGCUAUUGCCUCGAUGGGAAUGAGAGGAUUCUUGUAUAUGAGUACAUGCCACAGGGGACACUCAGCCAACACUUGUUUGAGUGGUCAGAGAACAAUCUGCGGCCAUUGGAAUGGAAAAAGCGGCUAAGCAUUGCACUUGAUGUUGCAAGGGGUGUUGAGUACCUCCACAGCCUUGCCCAACAGACCUUCAUCCACAGAGACUUGAAGCCAUCAAACAUACUUCUUGGUGACGACAUGAAGGCGAAGGUGGCGGACUUUGGAUUGGUCAGGCUUGCACCUGCUGAUGGGAAGUGUGUCUCAGUGGAGACAAGACUUGCUGGCACUUUUGGGUACCUUGCCCCGGAGUAUGCAGUUACUGGACGAGUAACCACAAAGGCUGAUGUCUUCAGCUUUGGUGUCAUCUUGAUGGAACUGAUCACUGGACGCAAGGCGCUUGAUGAAACUCAGCCCGAGGACAGUAUGCACUUAGUUACGUGGUUCCGGAGAAUGCAGCUCAACAAGGACACUUUCCGAAAAGCAAUCGACCCAGUUAUUGACCUUGACGAGGAGACAUUUGCUAGUGUUAGCACCGUUUCAGAGCUUGCUGGCCACUGCUGUGCUAGGGAACCACACCAGAGGCCCGACAUGGGCCAUGCUGUCAAUGUGCUCUCUACCCUUUCAGAUGUGUGGAAACCAUCUGAUCCAGACUCAGACGACAGCUAUGGUAUCGACCUGGACAUGACGCUGCCUCAGGCACUGAAGAAAUGGCAAGCCUUUGAGGAUAGCAGCCAUUUUGAUGGAGCAACCUCUUCAUUCGUUGCAAGCCUGGAUAACACUCAGACAAGCAUACCUACGAGGCCUCCAGGAUUUGCAGAGUCAUUCACCUCUGCUGAUGGAAGAUAGAAAAGUAGCCUGUACAAAAUCUCAAGCUCUGUGAAAGCAGAAGGCUCAAGUGAUCCUUGUGUUCAUUCGUUUAGUGUCUUCACUCCCCAAUCUUUUCAUGUUUCUUUAUCUGGCUCUGUACUGCCUUGUAGUUGCCCCUUGAUCAUGUAUGCUGUGAUCUUAACUCGAGAAUUGCCUGGAAGUUUGCAGAUUUGCUAACUGUUUAUGUCAUUUGCUAAGAUUAAAGUAGAAGAUUGCUAGGGUUCUUGUGUUGUAUUGGAUAUUGAUUGAUUAGAUGCAAAUGAAGGUGAUCCUUUAUUCGUCAUGAAA